GAGGCCGAGAACCGCCCUAACGGGGCCAACGCCGACGCGGUGCCCGCGCCCGGCCCAGGGGCGGGGUAGGGACCAUUUCUCGUCGCCCGCGGCCGCAGGGUCCUCCCUGGCGAGCAGGCAGCAGCUAACCGCGUAGCUGAGUGGCGUCCGUUAGAAAGACGCCGGCCCGGAAGAGAACCGGGAGCCGCGCACGGCCCCUCGCAGAAGACGGGGAGAGGGUGGUGAAGACGCGGACGGCGGCCCCGGCUGGGGCUGCUCCGAGUGGUAGCGGCGGCGCUUGGGGCGGAGCCUCCGUGCGGCCCGCGCGGGGCGCUCCCCGUCGGGCAGCCGCUGGGCGGCCGGGGCGCCGACGGGAGACUCGCGGACGUGGUCCGCGGCCGAGGGAAGCGCGGGUGGGAAAGGCCGGGACUCGUUGUGGCCUCUUUUCUGGAGGGUCAGUGUGGGCUUCCCAGUGAGCGGCCUGAGGAGAGGCCCGCCUCACCGCCCGACGCUGCCCGCUCCCUCUGUUCUGUGACUCUUCGGCUGCGGUUCGCGCACCUCGCGGCGGUGCGUCACGCUCGGUGGCGCCCACGGGGUCGCGCGCCCGCCCGUGGGAUGGCAGUCGCCGAGCCGACGUCCGAGGAACGUGGGCGCUGCUAGCCUACAAGCAGCACUCGGUCUCAGGAUCCCCAACUUUGCAAAAGUGCCGUUUUCAAGUGGAAAAUGGGGAUGGAAUCUAAGUGGUUAUCAUGUGGGAAUAGACACGAGGUAGAGGAGAGCCUGGUCUUCCACUUGGCUCGUUUCUUUAAUCUCACAUGAACUUAUUUCUUCUUUUGAAGUAUGGAACCUCAAGGUCUUUGUGAUAAUGGAAACCAAAAAAUUGAUUGGUAAAUCGCUUCAACCAGCAAGACCUGUUCGACAUCUGACUUCUUCUCCCUCUGGAACAGUAUUCCCUUUCAACUUUCAAAAUGAAUAUCCAUGCAACACUCAGUACUUGCAAAGUGGAGUUAGCCGAUGUAAGACCAAUGGAAAGCAGGCCUUUUCUCAGGGUCUCAGUGAGCAACCGCAACAUCAGUCUCCAGUUAAAAAAGAGAGAAUUAAAUACAGCAGAGAUUUCCUAUUGAAGCUCUCAAGUGUUUCCAUCUGCAGGAAAAAACCAGACUUUCUGCCUGAUCAUCCCAUUGUACUUCAAAAACCAGAAAACAACCAAAGUUUUAAGGAGCACUUUAAGAACAGAUGACUUUAAAGAUAGACAAUUAUUUGUUUUAUGUUUUGGACACCUGCAAAUGAAGUGGAUCUAGUAACAAUAACUAUAAUGGACUGUGACAAUUCAAUUUAUUUUUAAUUUUGAUGGUUGGGUAUUUGGUUUCUCCUAAAAUGAGAGAGAGAUAUUUUAAGCUAUAAAGAAUUUUCUAAUCAGUUUCAGCUUUUCAAGCACUUUCCUGAAUAUAUUGGGAAGAAGCACAUGUGGUUAGCGACCUGGGAAGACUGUAUUGAUAACUUGCAUGCUACUUGCAGCCUUUUGUUUUUCAUCACCUGUAAUAAUGGAAUGGAAAUAUAAGCUGUAAAGAUCCUCAGAUAUAAAGAAUGUGCUGGAUGUGCAGAUGGCACGGA